GCGCUUGUCUCCUUCGCUGAUGACGCAUUCUGGGCCUCUCCCUCCCGAACUCUGGCUCGAGAUCUUUGAAUGGUGUUUCUCGUCCCCCACAUGCCAGGAUGUAUCCUCGGAUGAAUACACCCCAUUCCAAGCCCUCCACGAUGAUCGCAUGCACGUUCGUACCAAGGCCGCGGUCAGCCUCGUCUGUCGACAGUGGCGCGCACUUACAAUCGCCAUCCUCUAUCGUGAUGUGCACAUACUUCCCUCGAGUGCGCAUGCUCUGAGGGACGCGCUGUGCGAGAGUCCUUGCGGAGGCCCUGAAGGGUAUGGUCAAUGGGUCCGACGCGUCGUCCUCCCAUACACCUCGACAAUCACGCGUAGCUCGGCGCCUCUGCAGGCGGUAGAGAUACUCAGGCGCUGCCCCCGUGUCGAGGUCCUCGUCCGCCCGCGGUACGCCACCUCCGGGCCCAUCGGUUUCGAAUUCGAAGCAGAUAUGGUGCCGUUCCAUACGCUCCGCCGAUUAGACUGGUGGGGGAAUAGCGAGGCGGAGAGAUCCGGUGGCCUCAACUCGCUGGGCAAUGUGCUCUCGCAUGCCCCCGGCCUACGGUAUCUGUUCAUCGGUGGCAUUAUGGGGCUCAGUCCGGCUGGAAUGCAGCCGCCUGAGCUCGUCCUACCUCACCUGGUGACGCUGCGAUUGAACGUCAUCAAUGGGCUCCUCAUGAACAAGCUUUGCACGCGAUGGUCACUACCCCAGCUCCGUCACAUCGUCUUGGAUUCACCUCUUGUUGGUGCAGAUGUGCGCGCUCUUUGGGACACCUUCGGACAACAGCUCACUACGGUCGAGUUCGGCGCGCACGCCCGCUUCGUCAUGACCGACAUGGUGACACCCUGCCUUCGCGCGUGCCCAAAUAUUCGAGAAUUCAAUUACCAUGUCUUCUUCACGACUCCUCCUGACCCAGACCUUCGCCAUGACGCCUUGGAGGUGGUGGGGCUUCACGGCGCCGCGGACCAGCUCAUUGGUGAAGGGCAAAUGGUUUGGACCCACUUCCGCUUGCACUUAGGCAUCUUCACCAAGGAGAAUUUUCCAUCGCUACGGAGGAUCGUCCUCGCAGGUGACGAAUGGCGUACGUUGUCCAAAAAGCCGGGGUUCCUUGUCAUGCUGCGCGACCUCUCGAGGGGGAACAGCGCCAUUCGAGAUUUACUUGUAUAUUAGCGAUGUAUCGAUAGCAAUGUGUACAACAGCGACGGCGGGUCUACGCAGGUGUGAUAGGGCACCAUCUAUUGAAUAUGUUUUCGGGGUCGUACUUUUUCUUUAUAUGCUGCAACUUCGGGUACUUCGCCCCAAAUGUCGCUCUCGCCUUGUCGUCUGGCUGCCCCCUCUCCCCUCUUUCAUCGGGCUCAGCCAGGUAUGAAUGAGAUUUCUGGACGAUCGUCGCUAUGUCGCGGACAAUAGCUUGACCUUUGUUGAAGU